CUUGCACAAGCGCUCCCAUGUUGCAUAGCGUAGAGGCAGACGUGAGCGCAGUGGGCGCAGUGAGAGCGACAGUUGUAGUGAGCGUGUGUAUGUGACAGACCCAGCGCAGCUCCAAAAAGUGUCUGUGGGAGCGCCUCGGCGUCAGGCGCGCUCCUCUCGCACCAACACCGGGGACCAGACUGGCGACACGCACCGAGGACGGAGAGCCAGCGGCGCGCCACCCGGGAGCACACUUUGACCAACACACUCGGGGAAGCGGUGGCAGAAAAGCUGGAACUAAACUACAUUCACUGACCUGUGAGCGAUGCACUGGCAGCAUGGCCAAGUGGUUCAAGGAGCACCUAGGAUUCAAAACUACCAAAGCACCCCCUCCGGCGCCCCCGAAACCGGACUACCGCCGCUGUCACACCGUGGUGACCGGGGCGCCAGGCUAUCAGAGCUCCGGGGGGGCUGCCUUUCCCUCCGGCGCACAGCCGGACAUCCUCACCGCUUACAAAAUACAAAAGGAACUGGACUUCGAGGACCCGUACACUCCCGGUGGAAAUAUUUCCUUCGGCUCGAGUUUGAACACUGUGAGUUCACCGGAUAUCAAAUAUGUUUCCCCCACGCACAGACUUAUCAAGGUGGAAACGGUGGAAAAGAGCAGCCCCGCGCCGGGCGGCACCGUCACCGUCACUCAGGCUGUGGCAGUGGGCAGCGUUAAAUCCCCCACUUCACCUCCCUCAGAGCAUGACAACAAGGAGAAGCUUAUUAUUCUGGAGGACUAUGCGGAUCCUUUCGACGCCGAGCAGGCCGGAGGCAUUCAGCCCUCGAUGGAGAAAGUGACAACGGAGAAUGAUGGCUACAUGGAGCCGUACGAGGCGCAGAAGAUGAUGGCAGAGAUUCGAUCUGGAGGGCGAGCGCCUAAAGAUGGCCCUGUGAGGCAGCUCCCCCUGUACGACACGCCCUACGAGCCAGCGGAGAACGGGGGCGAUUCUGACCCGGAGCGGUUACUCUGCCCCCGCGAGAGCCGUCUGCCCCAGGACGAUGAGCGGCCGCCUGAGGAGUAUGACCAGCCCUGGGAGUGGAAGAAGGAGAGGAUUUCCAAAGCCUUUGCCGUAGAGAUUAAAGUGAUCAAGGACCUCCCGUGGCCCCCUCCUGUGGGGCAGCUCAACACCAGCCCUCCUCCCACACUAGAGGAGGAGCUGGACUCUCCGUCUCAGCCAGCGCAGGCCUCCCCAGGACAGGCAGCGUGUGACCAGCACCACCAUGUCCAAUUCGAUGGCGUGGAGAAGUCCCGAAUGUCGCCUACUAAAGAUGGGAAAGCUCGGCCACUCCAGCGACACUCCAGUGGGUGUCUAGUUAACACCAAAAUGACCUCAUUGGACCACAGCAGCUCUUCCAUGGGGGAGCGUAUUGACCCCGCCAUGCCCCUGGAAAACCAGUUCUGGUACCAUGGAGCCAUCAGUAGAACAGAUGCAGAGUCUCUGCUCCGGCUGUGUAAAGAGGCCAGCUACCUGGUGAGAAACAGCGAGACCAGCAAGAAUGAUUACUCCCUCUCUCUUAAGAGCAGCCAAGGCUUCAUGCACAUGAAGCUCUCGCGGACCAAGGAGAACAAGUACAUCCUGGGCCAGAACAGCUGCCCCUUUGACAGUGUGCCUGAAAUCAUCCACUUUUACUCGAGCCGCAAGCUUCCCAUUAAGGGGGCCGAGCACAUGUCCCUGCUGUACCCUGUGGCCAUCAGGACACUAUAAUGUUCGGGGGCACCUGCUGGCAUAUAUAACCUCACUGAUUUGGAAAAGUGGGGUUGGCCAGAGUUCAACUAGAGACCAGUGGGGAAUACAAACUGCUGAUGAAACAGACUCACCUCAUUGGCCACUGGACAGUUUGUUGAGCUGCAAGGCCAAAUGCAUACUGUCUAAAUAAGAAAAAAUGGUUGUUGCAAAAGUCUUUAUAAAUGUAUUUUAUUUUAUUUAUAAAAAGUACCCACUUAAAUAAGUGGCAUCUAACUGAUGAACACUAUUUCAGUGGUUCUGGAGCUCCCUUAGCACUUGAGGCUUAAAAUAGGUACAGAUGAUGGAUUUUUUUCACUGGACUGAAUUGUAUACCCUGUACCAUCUGAUUAAAGUGGACGUUCUGUAUAAUUUUGGAUGGUUGCUCUUGUUUCAAGGAAUAGGAAGACCUGAAGAUGGAUCCAACCUCCACUGACAUAAAAAACAUCAGCCUUGUAUGAAUGGUAUCCCCAGCUAUACAUGAAGCAACAGGCCAGAGCUCAGCACACUGAUCUCUCUAUCUUGUCAUUGUACAUGUUGUGUGCUAUCCAUCACUGAGCAGUGGUAUCAUACCAUUGACGGUGUAAGUACCAUAGUUGCAGCGACAGCCCAGAGAGAGUGAUGGAUGGUUCCACCUAUCUACCCCAGUACCAUUGGCUAAGGCUCCAGCGCAGAGCCUCUUCCAAAUGAACCAAAUUACCCUCUCUCUCUACCCCUGCUUUCCACUGGCUAUGCAUUGGGAGAAUGAAAUAUGCCUGCAUUGUCUACCUCAGAAAGAAAAAUCAAUUUCAUUCGUCCAUCUGUGGAUCAAUAGGUACAAUGGGAUUACGGACAUCGAUCUGCCCUCCUUUUGACAUUCCCAAUUCCUUUACAAUUAUAUCAGUGGUUUUUAAGAAAUGCAUUUUGGAAAUCAUAAAAAUUCCAGCAAAUGAUUCCAGAUCCAAAAUUGUAUGCAUACUCACUACUAUAUACAGUGAUGUGAUGUCAGUAACAAAUGUUUUGGUUAAUGCCUUAUAAUGCAUGGGUCAAAAGGCUAGAUCAGCUGAGGUCCAAGUCUGCUUUUAACGAUUGUUCUGUGACUGGUAUAUUUAUUCUGGUUUCUGAUGUGUUCCUUAUUGUGAGGGCUGCUUCCCCCGUGACCGGCUCUCCAGUCCUGUGCCCAUGUGAUUGUGGUUUUUGGACUUCUCUUGGCCUCUUUUUCUGUGGUGCUCUGUUCAUAUUCUUGCUUCUGCCUACUGCACGUUGCCUCAGUGGCCUGUUUCCUGACCAUUUUGAAUAGUCAAGCCUCAAAAACUACAAACUAACAUAAAUAACACUUCUAUCAAUUACCCAUUUACUUUAAUGUGCGAAUGAUUGUUGGUACAAACUUAUCACAGCCAUCGCGUUAGCCUUUGUUUUUUCAAUUAAAGGACCUUCUUGAAUUCACUUAUUUGAUAUAAACUCCAAAAAUGUUGACCAGUUACUACAGUAAGCAAUAGUCACAUCUAAACGUAAGGGCAUUUCGACUGUCUUGUGUUUAUAUGCAAAAUAUUUAGUAACUAAUCCAAAAACUAAUGUGGCACCAGGCCUACAUCUUUACUAUCUACUAAUACUGUGGAAAAGUCAUUUUAUUUCGGUAUUAAAACAGAAAAUGAGAAAAUAAAAUGUCUAAACCAUCAGUCAGAAGGUUCAACUUUGAUUACCUUUAAGUUUGAUAAUCCGUCUGAUAAAAGUAAUCAUCAGAAGUGCUCAUAAUCAGUGAUUUCAAAAUUUUUAACUGAACUACUGUCACUUUUGUUGUAAAUUGGUUAAAACACAAAGGGAGCUGUGGCUAUAAGUACAGCUGUGUGCUAUGCAAGCAAACUGCAGUUACUUGUGACAUGGAAAAUGGAUCAUUUGUAAUGCUACCAGAAAGGGAUGUGGUAUUAAAUAAAUGGUCAAGCUAUUGAUGGACAAAGGUCAGUUGAUAAAGCCACCUUUAAAGCUUUAGUGAGGGAUACUAAAAUGACAUUAUGGACCUACUUGUGAAGGAUUACACUUGAUGUGCAGUCUGAAUGUUCCCAGGAAAAGCUACACGUUUGCUUUCUGCUGCUGAUGAGAAUAAUUUCUAUAAGAGUCUGUAUAUGGUGGCUGUACUGUCUGUCAAGAGGCCUAAGGGUUUAAAAAGGGAAUCCAGGAGAGGUACAGUUUGGAUAGGGGUGCUCUGAUUGAAGAAGAGAUGGUCUGUAAUCAGUGGACAUGCUUCUGAAAAUGUCUAUUAUUAGAAUCUAAACGCGCCCUUUUGCCCUGCUCAGAAGUGUCUUAAACCAUGAACUAGGUGCAACUGCACACACACCAUUGUGCAUGUGUGUGUUUGAGUGUGUGUAGUCGAAUGAGUGUGAUUUGAUGUACGCAGUCAUCAAUUUACCCAAUGUGUGUCCACUUAAACCUGGUUAAGUGGCAUGGAUGGUAUUUUAUUUGUAUCCAUUUUGUGCCACCAAUGUAUGCACUACUAAAACAUAUCUGUACAAUCCCUCAUGGCCAAAUGUAUAUACUGAAUGUACUGAAUGGGGACCAUGAGGCAAAGAGGUUCAGCCUAAAAUAAAAAUUGGGUUUAUUAAGUUAAA